AUGACACGACGUGUUCAUUUGGUUAUUCUAUUUUUGUGUCUCGGACUGAUGUGUCCUCUUGUAACUGGAAUUUUUAUGGACAAGCUUGCCAGUAAGAAGCUGUGUGCUGAUGACGACUGUGUCUACACCAUUUCCCUUGCCAGAGCAGAAGAGGAUUAUAAUGCUCCAGACUGCCGAUUCAUUAAUAUUAAAAAAGGGCAGUUGAUUUAUGUUUAUUCAAAACUAGUGAAAGAAAAAGACUCUGGAGAAUUCUGGGCUGGAAGUGUUUAUGGAGAACAGUAUGAAGACCAUAUGGGGACAGUUGGUUAUUUCCCUAGCAGUUUAGUCUCAGAACAACAUGUCUAUCAAGAAGCAAAUAAGACUGUUCCUACAACGGACAUCGAUUUCUUCUGUGAAUAGCACUGAAAGCGGUAAUCUCUUGGCUGCUACCAGGGAAAGCUGACAGGAGGAAACCUGGACACCCUCCUUGAACACGCAGCCCUUCCUGUAAAAGAUGUUUGUGAAACAAGUCAUCUGUCUUCAAAACAAGAAAGUUUUCAUUUAAAAGGUGUGAUUUGGAAUGGGGAAAUAGUCCCACACAGGAUUUGUUCUUUAGAAAUUUUUUACCUGCAUAUACUUUAUUACUAGUUAAUAAAGCUAAUAGCCUUUGAAAUGCUGUAAG